AUGGGAGCGGGCAUGCAGGUUUGGAGGGUGAGGGAGGUUGUUGCUGUGGAGAUGACGUCCUUUCCUCGCCAUGGAAGGUUCCUCAAGACCAGCGGGAAGCAGUAUGGGCUGGUGGGAGAGACUCCGUCGGAUCUGGAUGACGAAGGGAAGGAGAGCAUGUUAGAGAUGUACAAGACAGACCCCAUGAGCUCCGAGGGCCCGAUCCGCUCUGCUCCUCCUCCCUCCCUCCGCGCGGGAAGAUUGGAGGAGGGUGAGAAGACGGCAGGUUCCGGAGGGGAAUCAAUCUACGGCAAGAAGUUCAACGACGAGAAGGACGGGAUGAAGCUCAAGCACGACAGGGCAGGUGGACAAGCUUGA